GACGCGUUUACAGCUGGUGCGUUUGUGAGGUUACGGCAAGGAAGCGCAGUCGCCGGACAUCCAAGACUUUAAUAGUCAAUUGGUCAAUGCGCACAGAGACCGCUAAGAACUUAUCAUACACGUAAAAGCACACCUUGACACUUUAUUGCCUUCCGUAGCUAGGAACUGGGAAGGAGAGGAGCAGCCAUCAGCAUGUCAUCUCUACGACACUUUGAGACGCCUUUGACUCACCAGUCUAUCUCCCCAAGGCGUCGGGAUUUUUCACCCUCGCGGCCAGGCACUAGCGGUCCCAGCGCCAAGCUUGAGCAUGUUACCGAACGCUUUGCGGGCUUAUGGACGGACUUGGAGCAGGAAAAGCAGAACAAGCGGAUUCAGGAGUCGACCCGCUUCAGCCUUCUUCAGGAGGCACUGCAGCGGAUAGAGAAGAGCGUUGAGGCGGAGGUAAAGCGGCGUGCCGAAGCAGAUAAGCAGCUCCAAUCCUACUUUGAGUCUGAGAUUAAGACGCUCCAAGAGCGGCAGACGCAGCAGUUCUCGGACCUGCAGCUAGCUAUCAAGUCGGUUACGGAGAGCGUUAACCAGCGUAUCACGGACCUGCACGCGUUGGUCAGGGACGAGCGCGAGUCCCGGCGCAACGACAUCGAGCACCUCGCCACCAGCCUGGUGGGCAAGGUCAACGAGUGCGUGGCGGCGAUCGAUGAGGAGCGCAACGGCCGCGUCCAGGAGCAGACGGUGUCGCUGAAGCGCGUGGGCGAGGACCUGAUGGUGCUGUCGCAGCGGCUGGAUAUCGAGAAGACCACCCGCGAGACGGAGGUGUCGUCCCUGCGCUCGGAGGUGCACGAUGCCAUCGCCAACCGCAACAUGCUCGACGACCAGUUCAAGGGCGCCGUGCUGGACGAGGUGGCGGGCCUCAAGGCCGCGCUUGCCCUGGAGCGCGAGGAGCGCAUUGCCGAGGACGACGAGAUCGUGCAGGCUGUCAACGACUACACCAAGGCGCUGCAGGAGGGCCUCAAGCUGGUCAGCGCGUAAGGGCUGCUCCACUAUGGUGCUCACGGCCCCCACCCUUACGGAUCGGGCAAUUUGGAGAAGUAUCCAGUUUGUCGUGAGCUGCAAACGCUGGUGUCUAUUAUACAAUCUGUGCCGCGCUAACCGGGCGGUGACCGCUAUAUGCGCUCUACGAAAGGAAAGAGCUAACUGACCACGUGACCAGUUGUUAACCACGUCAAGAACUGGCGUCCUGGUGCACAGCCAAGGCGCAUGUGCGUGCGAGCACGUGCGCGGGACGCGUCUUUCUGAAUCCAGUCGUUCAAGCCAUUUUGCCUCGACUGGCGCAUGCCGCGCGGGUUCGUGCGGCGCCGCUGGGCGCGCACCCACGCUGUUGCAUGCUGAGUAUGUCUUAUGCGUGCGAGUAUCGGUGUUUAGCUUCCAUUAUUCUGUGUGUCGCCUUCCGUUCCUUGGUGCAAUUGAUUAUAUUAGAUGACGACUUACGUGGGUGGGGAAGUACCAUCAGCUGAGACACUGAUGAUCCGUGAGAUUGUUGACUUUUGACUCUUUAUUUACUCUUUGACUGCGUGCGCCGUUCUUGCGCCUUUAGCUCUUGACAAUAGCCGUUCCUUUGGAGGCUCAUGAAUCAUGAUGUUACCAUAAAAGGCCGCAUGUGAUUGAAUGAACUGUGUUUUGGCCUUCUGCAU